AUGGGUUCUCUUCCUUAUGUUGUAGAAGACUUGCAUGGCAUUCUUCAACUCUUUAGUGACGGCUCCAUUUACCGUUGUCAAAACAUCGACUUUCCGCCUUUUCCACUCGAAGACGAGGAUGGUUCCGUCGAGUGGAAAGACUAUUGUUAUGACAAACUCCAUGACCUCCAUCUCCGAAUUUACAAACCCAAAUCCAUCACCACCAAACUUCCGGUCAUAAACUACUUACACGGUGGCGGAUUUUGUGUUGGAUCGUUUGCAUGGCCACACGUACACAACCUUUGCCUUCGAAUGUCUUCUAGCCUUGAUGCAAUUGUGGUAGCUACCGAUUACCGUCUCGCACCAGAGCAUAGGGUCCCAUCAGCUCUCGACGACUCGCUUUGUGCUCUCAAGUGGCUCCAAGGUUGUUGCGAUGAUCAUCAUGUAAUUAAUAAUGUUGAUUGUUUUGAUUUUGACCGGGUUUUCAUAAUUGGAGACUCUUCUGGUGGGAAUAUAGCCCACCAUCUGGCGGUCCGGCUAGGACCUGGCUCGAGUGAGCUAACACCCAUCAAGAUACGAGGGUAUGUGAUGUUGGCACCGUUCUUUGGAGGAACAAAGAGGACCAAAUCCGAGGAACAAGGAUUGCCGGAAAAGUUCCUUAACAUGGAUACUAUUGACACGUUUUGGAGAAUGUCAUUACCGGUUGGAAAAACAACGGAUCAUCCCUUUGCAAAUCCAUUUGGGCCUAACAGCCCGAGUCUUGAACUAGUUAAGCUUGACCCAAUACUUAUCAUUGCUGGAGAGAAUGAAGUUUUGAAAGAUAGAGUGAAACUAUAUGCACAAAGGUUAAAAGAGCUUGGGAAAAUAGCACGUUACGUCGAAUUCCAAGGGAAAGAACACGGGUUUCUGUUUGAUGAGCCUCAUUGUAAAGCUUCCGAGUCACUUUUCAAUCUCAUCAAAGAUUUCAUGGUUGAAUUUUCUAGUUAA